GUGUUUGUGUUUCAGUCAUUUUAUUGAUGUAUCAUUUAUAUAUAUUAAUAUGAUUCAACCUUCAUGGUUGAUCUACAGACACGUAAGGAACUCAUCGAAGCAUUGAUUCAAGCGAAACAGGAAUUAGAUAAGGCAGAAACGACAAGGACGGAACUCUGUGACGAGGUGAAACAAGUGAAACACGAUCUGGACAAUUUAGAAAAGGCACGGCAAAAUGUCGAGGAUGAGUUAAAACGAACGAAAGAAGACCUUGCCCGAGUUGAAAGGGAAAUGGAAGUUGCUCAGACAAAGAUUCUACAUAUCAAAGGAUACUAUGAAUGGACACAGCCAGCUGGAACAGUUAGUGCCAAGACCAGUAAAGACGUAGUAUUAUUAGCUGAUAUACCCACUAUCAAGAUGAGUUUUACAUUUCAAGAUGGCAUUCAGACGCACGUCCAUCCUUCCCCGGGAAAACCCUAUAAAGGCGGGAAGUUUACAGGCCGUUUGGUGUUCGAAGGUGAGGCCUUGCUGGUAUGUAGGAUGAUGAAAGCGGCGUUCAGGAGAGGACGGAUGUUCACUGUUAGCAAGAACGGGAAAGUUAUCCUGGAUGGCGUUUCAUUGUUUAAUUAUAAAGAAUGGAGUUCGAUAUUUAGGGCGCCCUUAUCGCACUACACACAGAAGGUAAAAGCCGAGCUGAUGGCUAAAGGCAUCACGGAAGAGGACAUAGAUCCGACAGAGGAGCUGGAAGAAACCUUCAUCGUUGAUGGGUUAUCUAUGAUCGAAGUUGUGCUGAAUUCUUAAAUGAAGCCAUGUUUGAGUUGGAAUACAAGGGCAUAACAGCAGCAGAUGGGAACAGUUUCUCUUGUUAAGCUCCAUGACAAAUAUUAUUUCAUGAUUUUUUUUCUCUCGGCAAAUAAAUAUUCCGAUAUGUUUAAUUUUAUAACAUGAUCACUCACAGCAAUGUCUCUAGUACAUCGGAUAGGCAUUUUUGGGGAAUUCAGCUGUGCUUGAACACUCCUGGCAGCCGCCAUGCUUGAUGAGUCAUGCACUGUGACGCAAUA